UAAAAUUAUGUCGCACAAUCAUAAAAAGGGUUAUAAUAAGAUUAGAUAAUUUCGCAUAAAAGAUAAAAUGCGAUCACUGUCCUAUCUACUUGGCUCACUCUCACGAUACUUUCCCCAUUCUCAAUCGUCAUCUACUCCUCACCUCACCUUUCUCCUCCGCAGCAUGGCCACCUCCACCGCUGCCGGUCCCAUUAACCCAUCCAACACUCGCCUUGGAUGGAUUGGGACUGGCGUCAUGGGUCGAUCCAUGUGUGCUCAUCUAAUCAACGCUGGCUACUCUCUCACCGUCUUCAACCGUACCCUUUCCAAAGCCCAACACCUCGUUGACAUGGGUGCCCGCCUAGCCCAAACACCUCACGACCUUGCCGCCCAAUCCGAUGUCGUUUUCUCCAUCGUCGGUUACCCUUCCGACGUCCUCCAAGUCCUACUCGAUCCCGUUAACGGAGCCCUCUCUGGCCUCCGUCCCGGCGGCAUACUCGUUGACAUGACAACAUCGGAGCCUUCUCUCGCCGUCGAAAUAUCCACCGCUGCAUCUUCCAAGAACUGCUCCUCAAUCGACGCGCCCGUCUCUGGCGGCGACCGAGGUGCCAAGAACGGGACACUCGCGAUAUUCGCUGGGGGAGACGAAGCCAUUGUCAACCGCCUAAACCCCAUCUUUACCCUCAUGGGAAAAGUUAACUACAUGGGGCCUAGCGGGAAAGGCCAAUUCGCGAAAUUAGCUAACCAAAUCACCAUAGCAUCGACGAUGGUGGGAUUAGUGGAAGGAAUUAUUUACGCCCACAAAGCAGGGCUGAAUGUGGCGUCGUUUUUGGAUGCGAUAUCGACCGGGGCAGCUGGCUCAAAGUCGUUGGAUUUGUACGGGAGCAGGAUUUUGAAGAGGGACUUCGAUCCUGGUUUCUUCGUGAACCAUUUUGUUAAGGAUUUGGGGAUUUGUUUAAAGGAAUGUCAAAACAUGGGACUUGCUUUGCCCGGUCUGGCUUUGGCUCAACAGCUUUAUUUGUCGCUUAAGGCUCAUGGGGAAGGGAAUUUGGGAACCCAAGCUCUGAUUUUGGCUCUGGAGAGGCUUAACAACGCGACCCUUGGUUCUUAAACCUGAACCAGUUUAGGGAUCGAUGACCAAAGUUCCUUGGUUUACUAUCAGCCACUCAUGACAUUUGAUCGUUGCUUGAUUAGACACCCCGGAUCACCAUAACUUACACAUUUGCUGGCAUCAAAGAGACCAUAACUUGGGAUGAGUGUGGACUACGAAUGCAAAAGCUGAAAAAACUGAAAGAAGAAAGAGGAAAGUGAAAUUCCGAAUAGCUGUGAUUCUUUAACCUACCUACACUUCAACCAUCUUCAGGGUUCCUCAACUUCAAUGUAUUGGGAGUGAGAGGCUGCCAGGAGGGCUGCCCCAAUGCCAGACCCAUCCAUGGAGUGCUCAACAGCAAUGUUCUCGGAGGCUUCUUCUCCUAGCAAUUCCCAGAGGGUGUUCUCCAUGCAGGUUCUGAAUUUAGUGUAGUGCUCAUACAACCCGCCGUCUAAAGCUACCACUGACUUCUGCUUUUCACCAUCUUUCACUGUGUCUCUUCCUAAUUUCUUGAGGAUACCCACGAUUCCAGCAGCAGAUAGGCGAGCACCACGAGUAGCAACAAUGUCACACACCUCAACAAUAAGCUUCCUCAAUUUCAAAGAGGUAUUUGAUAUCUGAAAUAAAGCAAAGAAUAGACAACUUAAACAUAUGAAAACCUAAUAAAAGCAAUGAAUUCACAUGAUAAAAAUCUCAUUUACUCUCAUGUAAAAACUUAUUUCCUUUAAGAAGAGAAUUCUUUCCAUAGUCUUAAAUAUUUCCUAAAAGGGGUAUUGCGAAUUAAGUUAA